UCCCUUGCUUCCAGCGAGUGGGCUUUUGGAUUGUUUGUUAUUUUUUGGUGGUGUUUUUGUACAUCACCUCGGUGGGUGGCCACAUGGUGCCACGUCCUUGGUGCACCUGCCGGAAAGGGAGACCUGCGACUUCCUCGGCACUUCUUGGGGUCUCCCGGCGACUGGAAGGACAUGUUGCCAGUCCUCUGGGACGGAACCAGGAAGAGUCAACCCCUGCCAUCCUCAUGAACCUCAGGAGGUCUUAUGGAGUCAUGUGUGUGUUGGUUCCGAUGGAGUUCCUUUAAACCUGGAGUUUCCCAUGUUUUUCCUAUGGUUUCCUAUGGUCUCAUGAGUGUUUUUCAAGGACACACCUUCUGUUGUGAGGUGAACCUUGCAUAAUUCCAUAUAAUUACCUACGGCGUGGCUUGAAACACUCGACUUGACUCACCCUGGACCUGUCAUCCACAUGACUCGCUUGCAUCACAGACCUUCAGCUCACAGACCUUUCGGUCCGCCAUGCGACUGUUCCUGGUGGCCUGGCUGAUCCAUACCUCGACGGCCCAACCUGCUGGACGUGGCGAAGAUCACGAAGGUGAUAGCGAUCCACGGGUGGUGCAGACCGUCAAUGGCCCGGUGCGUGGUGUGUACCGCGACCUCUUUCACCACGGUCUCACCUGGUGGGGCCUGCGCUACGCAGCGCCGCCGCUGGGGGUUCGGCGCUGGCGGCCACCGGAGGUCUAUGACGAGCAGUGGGGUCCCGGAAGCGUCAAGCCUGCAGAGACGAUCCCUCCAGCGUGUUUGCAGCUGGGAGGGUCCGAGACCAAAGGACAAGAGGAUUGCCUCUUCUUGAACGUCUUUGCGCCACGGGAAGCCAAAGACUUACCCGUGCUGGUCUUCUUUUAUGGUGGUGGCUUCGUGGAAGGAAGCAGUUAUGAGAUGGGACUUUAUGACGGACAUCAUGUGAGCGUACGGCAUCAGGUGCUGGUGGUGACCCUGAACUACCGCCUUUGGUCUUUGGGCUUUAUGGCCUUGGACGCUUUGCAGGCUGAGGCAACGGCCAUCGGCGGUGGUUCUACAGGGAAUCACGGGGUGCAGGAUCAACGACUGGCACUCCAGUGGGUGCAGCAGAAUAUCAGGCACUUUGGUGGCGACCCCCGUCGGGUGACCAUCUUCGGGGAGUCUGCCGGAGCGUUCAGUGUGAUGUGGCACUUGGUGAGCCCGCAGUCCAAAGGGCUGUUCCAAGCAGCGAUCAUGGAGAGCGGCACGAGCGAUGUGAGCUUCUUCUUCCAACCCCUUCCACAGGCGAAGGCCUACUACGAAGACUUGGCCGAGCGGCUCCAGUGUCCCAAGAGCUUGGGAGUAUGGCAGCUUCCCUGCCUAAGGGCUUUGCCGGCCGAACGGCUUGUGGAGGUGGAGGCGGGCCUGGAUGGGCAACGGCCCGCCGUCCACUCACCGCUGUGGCCUUUGAUGCCGAACGGUCCGGCGAUCGACGGCACGGAGAGCGGCUUGCUGGAUGUGCCGAUCGAGCUGGUAAGGAGGGGACACUUCAACAAGGUCCCAUUGCUCUUGGGUUCCAAUGAGAACGGUGGCAGCAUCUUUGAGCCGAUGCUUCCCAUGGUGCUGCCGGGCACAGAGCUGCCAGUCAAGCGCCACCCAGAGACUCUGCAAAAAGCCUUGAAGUACUUCUUCCACGAGAAUGUCUCCCAGGUGGAGGCGAUCUACAACCUCUGGGAGUUCCCGGAUGGCGACGUGUUGAUUCGACGCAUGAUCCGAGACCUCAUGUUUAUGUGCCCCUUGCGCGCCCUAGCCACUGCCUGGCACCAAAACCAGCUCAACAGCUAUGUCUAUGUCUUCGACUUUAGCUACGGCUUGGUGAGUUGGUUGGGCCUGGGCGACUUUCACGGUUCGGAGCUGCCCUUCGUCUUCCGCAAUUGGCUCGAGCUCAUCAAGCCGAUUGAUCUUUUCCAAUCCCCACAUCGCAUGAGUGACAUCAUCAGUUGCAACUGGGCAUCCUUUGCAUAUCGACAGGACCCCAAUGGCGGGAACAUGAGCAUCCCGGGGUGCGGAAGUGUGCAUGGCCACACCUUGCCCUGGCCCCAGUUCGAGGAAGGCUCACGUUUCUUCUACAGCUUGAAGACUCAACCCGAAGUGCAUGGUAUCGAGUCCAAGAAUCGCUAUCCCAAUGACCUCUUCCCUAGAGAUGAGAAGUGCGAUCUUUGGGACCAACUGGCAAGGUAUAUGCCCUGGGUGUACGAGACAAGUUCUACUCCCAGCUUGCUGGUUUGAGUGAUCUGCGGCUAUCGCCAGCGUGCUUCGCGCCACUUGGGUCCCCCUUGUAAGGAACCCUAGGAGGGCGAUUGCGCAAGAACAGCGACUCAAAGUCAGUCAAAGCGUACGGAAUGUACGGACUACACAACGCUCUCCACAAGACCUUUUGAAGCGAUUUGAAGCGCGUGGUUGGUGCCCACAACAGAAAACCCCAGCCAAGCUCGUCGGCUUGGCUUGCGCGUGGUUGACCUCAGAUGGCAAGAGUUUGAACUUGCCGUUGACAGUGUCUUCCAGCCACUUGAUGCCAAAGAGUGGAGCA